AGACCGCAUCCGAGUCCAUCGAUCUCCACGUCUACUACGAGUAGUUCCGAUGAUAAUUCCAGCUUGGGACAAUUUUGUGAAGCGAGACCGCCCGACGGAGGCUGGGGCUGGGUUGUCGUGGCGGCCUCCUUCAUGGUCAAUCUGAUCGCAGACGGUAUCACUUUCUCUUUCGGUGUGAUAUACGUUGAAUUUCUGAAUUAUUUCGGCGAAGGUAAAUCGAAGACGGCGUGGAUCGGCAGUCUCUUCAUGGCGAUGCCGUUAUUAUCGGGACCGGUGGCGAGUUUCUUAACCGACAGAUACGGAUGUAGAAAAGUGACGAUGGCCGGUAGCUUAUUGGCGACGGCCGGUUUUGUUGUGAGUUCUUACGCGAACUCAAUGGAGGUGCUCAUCUUCACGUUCGGUAUCGUGGCCGGCUUCGGUUUGUCCCUGUGCUUCGUCGCGGCGGUGGUGAUUGUGGCGUACUACUUCGACAAGAAGAGAUCCUUUGCCACCGGUUUGUCCGUAUGUGGCAGCGGAAUCGGUACCUUCAUCUUCGCGCCUGUCACGCAAUAUCUUUUGGCAGAAUAUGGUUGGCGGGGAACCACGCUGAUUCUGGCGGGAUUAUUUCUGAAUCUCGCUGUAUGCGGAUGUCUCAUGCGGGACCUCGAGUGGACUACUACGAUAGCGAAGGCGAAAACUCAAGAAAGACGAAAGAUUCGGGAGAAAAAAAGAUCUAAGAUGCAGAGUUCCAGUGCGGAUUCCUUCUCCGCGACCAGCUCCGCGAACACAAACACGCAAACACCUCAUGGUGAUACCAAAAGAGGUUUUGCGUCGGCCAAUGCAAUGAUUAUCGAGAAUCUACGACUGCAAGACAGCAAUGGCGAAGAGAACAGUGAGAAGUUGUUCUCCAGCCUGGUCAGUUUACCUACCUUUGUUAAAAAUGGAGAAAAGGUACCUCUGGAAGUUCUGGAAUUGCUCAGUGCAAACAAGACCGUAUAUAAUGUUCUCCUACAAAACUAUCCGAAUCUUCUGAUAUCGUCGAGGAGCUUUAGUGAUUCUGGUGCAUUGCACGAUCAAUUAAGCACACCGUCAGCUCGAUUUAUACCUACGCCGAGCCCAUUAGCUGAGCUAAGAGCCGAAGACGACAAGAGCAAGGAUCAGUGCGAAGGUAGCGUUGAACGAGCCACUUACAGCGAUCAAGAGCAACAGUCGAUAGAACCGGCGUACUUAUGGUGGCUGAAGAAAAUUGAUCCCGAUGCUCUGUUAAGGCGAUCCAGCGCGAUGGAACAACCGAGAAGGCUACCCACUGCCUAUCUCAAGGACAUCAGAAUGCAUAGGCACAGUCUGACUUACAGAGGCGCCAUGCUAAACAUCAAUCGGUACCGUUUGAGAGCGUCGAGCUGUCCGGACAUCUAUAGAAACUCGAUGACUACUAUCGCUAAGACGAAACUCGUCUGGUACGCCGGACUCUGGGAAUUGUGGGAUCUGAUCGUCGAUAUGCUGGAUUUCUCAUACUUCGCCGAUAUGAGGUUCCUGCUGUUUGCCAUCAGCAACUUUCUAUUGCACACGUGGUACGACGUGCCUUAUGUCUAUCUGACGGACAACGCAAUCGAGGUCGGAUUCAGCGAGACAGACGCGUCCAUCUUAAUCUCGGUGAUUGGGAUCGCUAACAUGGGUGGCGAGAUUUUUCUAGGAUGGGCCGGUGAUAGAGCGUGGGUGAAUGCAUCCAUUGUCUACGCGGUGUGCAUGGCGCUCUGCGGCGCCGUCACCGCUAUGAUACCCGUAGUUGUCCACGAUUACUAUGCCCUGUGUGCAAUCUCCGGUGCCUUUGGAUUAUUCAUCGCGGCGAAUUACAGUCUCACCAGCAUCAUUCUUGUCGAGCUGAUCACCUUAGAGAGGUUUACGAAUGCUUAUGGUCUUUUGUUGCUGGUUCAAGGAAUCGCUAACCUCGGAGGUCCUCCGCUAGCCGGAUGGCUGUACGAUAUCACAGGCACAUACGACUUGUCCUUCUAUUUAGCUGGAUUUUUCAUUGCACUGAGCGGCGUAUUGUUAUUAGUGAUGCCUUUGAUCAGUUUGUAUCGAAAGUUGUGUAGAAACGAAUCUACGGAGGAAUCUGCUGACACGGAUUUUAAUGCGAUAAAUAGUGUGUAAAUAUUUAUCGAAAAAACAAGCCACAGUCAUACAAUUAUUGUCCGCGAUACUCAGUUGCUGGAUUCGCGAUAUUGCAAAGGAAUUGCAACGCAGCGAAAAUUGCCACAGACAGUCUUUAAUUUUGCAGUAGUAUUAAUAUACAACAAAAAAUACUGCAUCAAUCGCUCGAGCCGGCUGUGGUGUAUUACAUAGAUAUAAGUUUGUCGAAAUAUUUCUGCGGGAUCAUCGAUUCUUCCCGCGACAAUUAAUAGCGAGCGAGAAAGAAUGUUAUAUAAAGUAAAUUGUGGCAAACCGCGUCAAUGGAUUUCGAUUCUGCAUAAUUAUCAAUAGACGAUGCUUCGCUAAAUUUACGAAAUUUGCGAAGAUUACCAGGUCACUUCUAAUUUCUUAAACAUUGCGCAAAAGAAAUUAUUUCGAGAGUGAGCAUAGUUUUAAUAUCUACAAUAUCGUAGAGUGAUAUUACGAUAUAAUAAUAUGUACAAAUUAAAGAAGAGGAGAGCAUAUAUAUCCGCUUGCGGUAAUAUAAAAAGCCGGCGGAAGAUUUGUUAUGAGUCAUGAAUUAUUAUCGAUGAGUAAUCCAAUGAAAUAUUGACAUGGCGCAACAACUAAGUAUAAUUUCGAAUCUCAGGAUAUCAACUAUUAACGUAUACAUAGGUUCGAAAUCGGCACGUUUGGUGUCCUCUCGUUUGCGUGUACAGAAAAAUUGUAUGAACUCUAUGCAUGCUCGUAGCCGCUAUUCCUUUGCUGAGUAAGUUGUAUUCUCAAGUUAGAUUGUACAGCUGACAAGUUAUCCUGCCCCCAUUUUCACUGGAUAACGCCAAAGGUAUUGUAAAUUAAUCACUGCACCCCGACAUCCUCGAUCUUUGUGUAAUCGUCAUCGUGUAACGUGUCCUUCCUUAAAUAGGAACUUCGCGAAUCACGUUUAAAAUUGAUAAAUUUUAGUUAAAUUUUAAAUUAAAUUAAUGUAAAUUUGCAUUUUGCUUAAUUAUAUAGCAACUGCAAAACAGAAUAUGCGAUGAUAAGUCGUAACUCCAAUUUAGAGGAAAGAAUUUGCUCCAGCUUCAUUUAUUUCGUUCGUUCUCUCGUUAUUGAGAAAUUUUUAAUUAUUUCUUCGGUGAAGGUAUGCGCAUUUUGUAAUAAGUAAAAUCAAUAAGAAAGUAUGUAAGAGAUCAACGGCUAAGAAAUUAAAGAUAAUUGGAUAAUUCAAUAACAAGUUUUUUCGUUUCGAAUGCACGUAAUUUGUUUGAAAUACAUGUCUAAAAUUAAACAUAUGUUUAUAGCUUUUCUGUGAUCACAAAAUUUGCCUCUUUAUCAAUUUUGUGCGAGCUAUAAAUAGACUACUACCUCCGUUACCAUAGUGUGUACGUACGUACAUGCGUGCGUAUGUGCAUGCAUAUUCAUCUUUUUUAAUUGUAAUAUGUAAUUGUUUUUACAUUAUUUAAUUGUGCCUAGAUUAAACAAUUGUUUUAUCA